AUGGGUGAAUGCCCUGUACGCCAUGCCAAUGUCGCUGGCGGUGGCACCAGGAACCGUGACUGGUGGCCCGGCCAGCUACAACUCAACAUCCUCCGCCAGAACCAGCCAGCCUCCAACCCUGAGAACAAGGACUUCGAUUAUGCCGCUGCUUUCAAGUCGCUCGACUACGAGGCGUUGAAGAAGGACAUCACGGCUGUCAUGACUGACUCGCAGGACUGGUGGCCGGCCGACUUUGGCCACUACGGCGGUCUCUUCAUCCGCAUGGCCUGGCACAGCGCCGGUACCUACCGUGUCUUCGACGGUCGGGGUGGAGGUGGCGGAGGUCAGCAGCGGUUCGCGCCGCUUAACAGCUGGCCUGACAAUGUCAGCCUCGACAAGGCCCGUCGCUUGCUCUGGCCCGUAAAGCAAAAGUACGGCGACAAGAUUUCGUGGGCUGACCUGCUUCUGCUCACCGGCAACGUCGCACUCGAGUCUAUGGGCUUCAAGACCUUUGGUUUCGCCGGUGGCCGCCCCGACACCUGGGAGGCCGACCAAUCUGCCUACUGGGGCGGUGAACAGACCUGGCUCGGAAACGAUGUCCGCUACUCGCAGGGCAACGCGGGCCAGAAGGGCGAGGGCGUCAUUGACGCCGACGAGUCCAACAAGGGCCACACCGACAUCCAUACCCGCGACCUGGAGUCUCCUCUGGCGGCCGCCCACAUGGGUCUGAUCUACGUAAACCCCGAGGGACCCGACGGUAUCCCCGACCCCGUCGCAGCGGCCCGGGAUAUCCGCACCACAUUUGGCCGCAUGGCCAUGGACGACGAGGAGACCGUCGCGCUAAUCGCCGGUGGCCACACCUUUGGCAAGACACAUGGCGCUGCUUCUGCGGAUAACGUCGGGAAGGAGCCCGAGGCGGCUGCCCUCGAGCAGCAGGGAUUGGGCUGGAGCAACGCGCACGGCUCUGGCAAGGGCGGCGACACCAUCACCAGCGGCCUCGAAGUCAUCUGGACCAAGCAGCCCAAUAAGUGGACCCACAACUUCUUCGAGUACCUCUUCAAGUACGAAUGGGAGCUCACCAAGAGCCCUGCGGGCGCCAACCAGUGGGUGGCCAAGGACGCCGAGGAGUUCAUCCCCGACGCCUUUGACCCCAACAAGAAGCACAAGCCCCGCAUGCUCACGACCGACCUUGCGCUCCGCUUCGACCCGGGCUUUGAGAAGAUCUCGCGCCGCUACCUUGAGAACCCCGACCAGUUUGCCGACGCCUUCGCCCGCGCGUGGUUCAAGCUGCUGCACCGUGACAUGGGCCCUCGCUCGCGUUGGCUCGGUCCCGAGAUCCCCACUGAGGUGUUGAUCUGGGAAGAUCCCAUCCCGGCCGUCAACCACCCGCUCAUCGACAGCCAGGACAUUGCUGCCCUCAAGAACGACAUCCUGGCCACCGGUGUUACCCCGGAGAAGCUCAUCUCGACCGCAUGGGCCUCGGCCUCGACCUUCCGUGGUGGCGACAAGCGUGGUGGUGCCAACGGUGCCCGUAUUCGCCUCGCCCCGCAAAAGGACUGGAAGGUCAACAACCCGCCGCAGCUGGCCGAGGUGCUCAAAGCCCUCGAAGGCGUGCAAGCCAAGUUCAACGGCGCCGCCCAAGGUGGCAAGCAGGUAUCUCUUGCUGACCUGAUCGUGUUGGGCGGUGCGGCCGCGCUUGAGAAGGCCGCCGGGAUCCCUGUGCCCUUCCACCCCGGCCGUGCCGAUGCGACCGAGGAGCAGACGGACGUCGAGUCAUUCGGGCACCUCGAGCCGUUCGCGGACGGCUUCCGCAACUACGGCAAGGGCACUUCGCGUGUGUCAACCGAGCAGUUCCUCGUCGACCGCGCCCACCUGCUGACGCUGUCGCCGCCUGAGCUUGCGGUCCUCGUCGGUGGUCUGCGCGUGCUGGGCGCCAACUACGACGGCUCGUCUCACGGUGUCUUCACCGACCGCCCCGGGAAGCUGACGAACGACUUCUUUGUCAACCUGCUUGACAUUGGCACGGUGUGGAAGUCGGUCGAUGGUGAGGUGUUCGAGGGCACCGAUCGCAAGACGGGCGCGAAGAAGUGGACGGGCACGCGGGCGGAUCUCGUGUUUGGCUCGCACGCCGAGUUGCGCGCCAUUGCCGAGGUGUACGCCAGCGCGGGCGGGCAGGACAAAUUUGUCAAGGACUUCGUGGCUGCGUGGACCAAGGUUACGGAGCUCGAUCGGUUCGAUCUGCCGAAGACGGGGUCGUCGGGACCGAAGCUGUAG